AUGUUAGCAAAACAAGGUUGGAAAUUGUUGACAAACACAAACAAGUUGGCCUAUAGAGUACUGAAAGCAAAGGACUUCCCCAAUAGAUCCUUAUUGGAAUCUAAACUGGGUGGCAAUCCCUCACUGACGUGGAGGAGCAUUUUGGAAACAAAAUGUGUUGUGGAACAAGGAGUUCGAUGGAGGGUGGGAAACGGCAAAACCAUUCGAACCCGGAAAGAUAUAUGGCUGCCAUCUAAUCACAGGUGCCUACCCGAUGCUACAAGGGAUGAGUGGGAUGAGAACUGCCAUGUAAGUGAUUUCAUAGAUGAAAAUACCAUGUAG